CGCCAGCUUAGCUUAAACGAAACAGUCGCUUAGAGCACGUCGCAGAAAUUAAAAUGCUCCGCUCUAUAUUGUUCCUGUUACUACAUUAUUUAUUUUGGUUUCCCAUUAAGAACGUUUGCGGUGAAGACCUAGAUACAAGCACGAUUUGUGACUGCACUUUUGAAGUGCAAAUAGAUGUCGUUAAAAAGUUCCUUGAAGAAUUGCAAGCUGUGCGAAAGCGGGAAGAUGAUAUUUUGGCACAAGUAACUCUCAUUAAAACCAAACUGCAACCGGUUGGUGAACAGGAGAGUGUUCGAAAGUCGGUGCCUUCAAGCUGUUUGGAGGCAGCAGCUGAGACCUUCAAAAGUGGUGUUUACAAUAUAACAUUGGAGAAGUUUAGUGUCACACCGUUUGCCGUAUACUGUAACGAAGAGGUGGACAAUGGUGGUUGGUUAGUUAUACAACGACGUGUCAGUGAUGCUGUGGACUUCGAUAGAGACUGGGGGGAGUAUAAAAACGGUUUCGGGGUGCUGGAUGAAAAUUAUUGGAUUGGUUUGGAAAAACUACAUGCCUUCACCAGUAGUUGUCAGCAUGAGCUCUAUAUUGAAAUGCAGUAUAGUGGUGAAAGUUAUUAUGCGCGCUACUCGGAAUUUGUAGUCGGAGGUGAAUUUGAGGGCUAUCCUCUUAAAAUAUUGGGUACUUAUGCAGGCACUGCUGGCAAUGGCUUGAAAUAUCACGUGGGUAUGAAAUUCAGCACUCGUGAUCAGGAUAAUGACAUAUAUUCCCUUGAUAAUUGUGCUGCUUUGUUCGAAGGCGGUUGGUGGUUUAAAGAGUGUUACCAUAGUCAUCUUAACGGAGUAUAUGGAGCACAAAAGAUCAAAGGCAUCAAAUGGCAUUCCAGCAUAGCUAGGGAUGAAUCUUUGAAAUUAGCGCAAAUGAUGAUACGCCCCACAGUGAAGUGCUUAAGACGCAUGUCACUGAAGGCCAAAUGAUUUCGUAAUUUUUUGGAAACGGUUUUAAUUUUUAUUAAUUAAAUGUGUUAUUAAUGUUUUAUUAAAUUUUUCGUUUUGAUACAGACAUUAUGCAAACUUUGAUCAAUAUUCUCAUAAGAACAAAAUAAUGCUUUCAAUUUAAUAAAAAAAUGAAAUCUCAAAGUGAGAAAAGAA